AAAUUUGUUUUUACGACCAGCCAUGCAAAACCAGGAUUUGGUGGACUACUUGAGAUCCUGCGGGGUGUGCGAAGUCUGCCAGCUGCGUUACCUGAAGGCCAGGGGCACGGAGUACAGGGACAUCAAGGAAACCCUGCAAAAGCUGGAGGUUAAGGUAAAUGAAAAUGUGGAAAACGAAGAAGGAAACGGGGAUCAACCGGCUAAGAAAGCCCGCCUAGGCGUUUGUACCACUUGUUUGGGUCUGUUCUCGAAGGACUUUCAGAUGGAGCUUCUCGGAGGCAUAUUGGCCUCGGAUUUUGCCAAAUACGACUGCCAGAAAAUAGUUUUGGCCAUAUGUUUGCCCAUGUCGCUGCAGUUAAGGCAGUUGGCCAUGUGGUUUGCCCUGCAGAGGAAAUUUGGAGCAUCCAUAGACAGUAGUAACCCUCCGGAUGUGCCCAUAAAAGAGGCUGUUAAGCUGAUCCUACACCCCAUAAUAUGCGAAAAGUUGGCAAAGGAGUACGAUGCCAAUGGGCUAAUGAUCAACAUAGAUCUUACGCACAAGCUGGAGGACGAGGAGGUGGAAAAGCUGGUGAAACUAAACAAGGAGGCCUUUCCCGCCAAGGCUGCUUAUCAGAAACGGAUUGAAAUUUCCAGAGGAUUACUGGAAAAACAGUAUCAGCCGUCCAAAGUGAGGGCGGAGACCUUCGAGAAAUACUUCCAGAUACCCUGCAAGACUGUAGAGGAACCCCUUAAGCUUACCUCCAUAGAUCUGCAGGGGCCCCUGGUUUGUGUGGCUGGCCGAUAUCGCAAGUUAAGCCGCGAACUCUCGCAUACUCCCUGGAUAUUAAAUGGGCAAAGGCUGAUGGAGGACAGUAUUGAGGAAAUCAUCAUCAGGCAUGUGGGUCCCCACUUCACAGAGAAGCUGGAUAAAAUCACCUUCAUGUCGAGUGGUAGAGAAGACGUUGACGUCCGUUGUUUGGGGAAGGGCAGACCUUUUGUCUUGGAAAUACCGAAUGCCAUACGGAGUUGCUUGCGCAAAGAUCAGGCCCUCAAGAUGGAACAGGCUGUGGACGAAUCUGGAAAAGUGUCGGUACUUCACUUACAGGUCGUGGCCAGAGAAGAACUAACACACAUAAAGACUGGGGAGGAACAGAAAAAGAAGUUCUACCGCGCUCUUUGCGCUCUAAAGGAACCUGUUACAAAAGAGAUUCUGGUCAAACUACAAAUCUCAGUGAGCUUUGACAUACAGCAAAAGACUCCAAUCCGGGUCCUUCACCGUCGUCCAUUGCACACGCGACCCAGAACGAUUUAUAGUGUUAAAGCUAGGGUUCAGCGGGGGAAUCCCAAAGCAUUGGUCAUCGAUAUUGUCACUCAAGCGGGCACUUAUAUAAAGGAGCUGGUUCACGGUGAAUUUGGCAGGACCGCCCCGUCAUUGUCCUCGAUCAUAGGCAAGCACAUCGAUAUUCAGGCUCUGGAUGUUGUAGGAAUCGAUUUGGAUUGGCCACCCGAGGUGGACAACGCGAUAAGUACCUAGAAGCGAUAUUAGCUUAAAGUAUUCCUUAAAAGUGCAUUUUAAUAAUAAAUGUUAAACGCUUAAGGUGAUAAGUACAAGUGAGAAAAGAUUAAUAAAAGUAAUCUUUCGCCUUAAAAA